AUGGAGACAGCUGACAAUGUGCAACUGGGUCGAAAACCGCCCGAAGACUCACCGGAAUAUGUGGAACCGGAGUACAUGAAAUGGGCGUACAGAAACUCGCCGCCAGUCGUCCACGAAGAGCCGCAACCGUUCACUUUCGAAGUUUUGGCGCCCGUCAAGCACCUUCCCAGCCACGUGAGCUCUCUGAUUGCUGCGAACCCCGUGUUCAACGGGAAACUGGAUGCGUCAACAAGCAGCGCGUUCAAAGAUCUGGGCGCUUGGUCGUACGAAGCCGCCAGAAGUACCAUGAAAGGUCUCUGGUACCAAAUGUUCUCUUCAAAAGUCUCCCCAACGUAUAAUAAUGGUACGGUCCGGUAGUUUGGUCUUCAAACUUUUCUUUCUUGCAGCAACACCAAUGGAAAACGUGUAUUCGAAAGGCCUUGCUGCCAUUUCCCAGUCGAAUCAGUCGUGGCGAUUGCCAGGCGGUACGAUUCCACAGAGACCUGCUGGCACAUCAACCGAACCACCGCCAGUUUCGGAGAAAAUGUACUGGCACGCUCAAAAUUUGAACAAAACCGACUUGGGACCAAACAUGAGUGCGCCUGCUAAUGAGAAUCUGACUUCCUCUUUCUACUCUGGAUACAAUCCGACUCUCUACAAUUGGACAGGGAACUUACCGAAUGCGGCAAAUCGAACGGCGCAGAUGGGAGCAAGAGCUGAGCAGUCCAAAUUAGUGCAGAAAAACUUGGAUGCAAUGAUGGCCUAUGCCCAAUCUCUUUCUGGUCCCCUCGUGGAUGCGAUGAAAGCGAAAUUAGCUGCAACUUCUGUUCCGGCGGAGGCUGAGAACGCUCCAAAAGAACCUGUUUUCAAAGUACCCGCGCCGGUUGACAAGAGCAAAAAGCCCGUUCAACGCUCAAAACUCAGUUUGGCUAUCUCGAAGAAUGUACCUGUUGGAGUACCGAAUCAGCCAAACGAGGCAACGAAGGUUGCCGGGGAUGCACCCGAUACUGCCGAGAAGUCAGACGCCGAGAAGUACUCGCUGGGCAGCGUGAAUCCAGAAAUAAUCUUUCGUGUAUAUACUGCUGCAUACAAUCUGAGCAGACUCACCGACAAGGAAAUCUAUUUUCUCUGUCAGGAAGAAAUCAAAAAGGAUGCUGAAAUUGCAGCUGAAAAGGCUGCUGCGGAAAAGGCUGUCGCCGAGAAAGCCGCAGCUGAAGUUGCUAAGAAAACAACUACAGUAUCCGGAGUAGCAACAACUGUGGCAGCCAAGAUUUCCGUUCCAUCAGUAGGUGUUGCUGGGAUUCACAGAACCGCUGCGUCACAAAUGUCGUUCGAGAUGGAGGAAUCAAUCAAUACCGGAGAAGACCAUCGAUUUGUCGCCAUCGACAUGAAGAAGUUGAAAGAUUCUGUAAAAGAUGGUAACGAUGAUCACCUAGUGCUUUCCAGUUAAUUCUUUUAUUUAUAGAUCUGCCAAAAUUUGCACUUGACACCAAGUUAAGUGCGACAUUGGCUUCGAACGUCAGAGGUUGGUGACUCGUUCCUUGAUUUCGUGCGAACAUUUUUUAAUUUCAGUCCGUGAGAGCACGCGCACUCAGAAGCGAAUGUAUGUGGAUACUGACAGCGAUUUGUCUGACGACGACGACGACAAAGAGAUCGACAUCGCGGCAGCUGUUCGAGAGAUUGAUGAAAAGCACAAACGUCAGGAAGCGAGAGAGAAACAUUCUUUGAGCAUUUCUCUUCCGAAUCCAGAUGAAUACAACACGGACAUUUCAUCGGGUAUCAGAUUAGAAUAAGAGCUUCCGAUGAACGCCUGAUAUUUCAGAUUUCUCUAGCGGCAGCAGAUUGGCCAGCUCUCCGAGAGAUUUCAAGCGAAUGAGAACAAAUGAUGGAGCAAGUGCCCCUGGACCCAACCAACGCCGUUCUGUGCGCAUUCAAGACGUUAGUUGUUCCAGUUAGGCAGCUAGUCAAUGUUGUUUUAUUUCAGAGCAUCACAAAGAAGGAAGACUACUUCUUCAAGGUGGCAGUUGCGAGAUCUCUCGAGUCGGAAGAGCUUUCGGAAGGGAAACCCGCCAAGAAAAGAGCUGACUGUGUUCCGUCGGUUGCCAAAGCAAGAGUUCUGCGUAAAAAAACGUCGAGAUUCCACAACCGUAAGUCGCGAAAAUCAAAGGAUCGGGACGGAACUGCGGAGAACUCGCCGACACCGGACGUUCCAAAAAGAGUCAGAGAAUACAAGAAGAUAGAAAACUACUCUAAGAAAGUAUCUCCUGUGAGUAAUGGAUCUCUCGAUUGUCCGGCAUGAGUGUAACCUUUCAGGAAACUGUUGAGAGUCUUUACUCGAGCGUUAUGACUCCCACCGCACCGGGAGACUGUCAGAUUCUUGAUCACUUCAGAUCGCCGGUUCUCCGCAGAGCAAUUGUGAACAAAAACGUGCUUUGUUAUGUGAUCGUGAUGCUCCAAGUGCUUCUCAGAGUGCCACAAAUCUACUCAAUCGUCUGUUCUCACACCCACAAGGAACCCAUCGAUCGGAAAUGUAUCAUUUGCCUGAUGACCAUCAUGGUUUCUAAAAGACCCACUUCGUUGGAUCACUACAAUUUACUCGAUAUUCUGAAAAGUAGGGCUGCGAAAGACGAAAUGCAUGCUCUAUGUUCCACUUUUCAGCUGCUUGGGAAGGCGUGGCCGAAGACAAGAUGAACUGUGUGAUGGAAGCCAUGCAACACUUUUUCAACCGCUUCGAUGAGGAGUACAUGCUCGACAACCCGCUCUUUGCUGGCCAAACGUCUAGCGAAAUUUCUCCAAUUCGCAACUUUUUCGAGAUUAAGACUGUAAACAGAUGUCAGUCAUGAAGCUCUGAAGACAACGUUUCACCUGUAAUCUUUCAGAUACUUGCCUGUAUUGCUGGUGCAACGUGAACACCACGGACAAAGCUGUCUACCUGUCAAUUGACAUCUCGAAGAAGAGCAAUGGAAACAUGCAAAGCCUUGUCGACGACUUCGAGACCCCAGUCAAAGUAUCGGGAAUGACGUGCCCUAUGUAAGAGAAACAGACAAAUCUGACCCUUAGAUGUGAAAUCAACAAUUGUAGAUGCGAGAACAAGGAGUUCGUGUGUGUGACUGUCUUUGAAAAGCUGCCAGAGGUGCUUCUGUACUUUGUUCCACGCGUCACCACUAGAGACAAACACGUGAAAGACUCGACGGUUGUGGAAGUGCAACAAGAACUCACCAUGAAAGACGAAGAGAAUGAGCACAAGUACGCACUGUGUGCGUUUGUGGUUCACGACGGCAAGAGUGGAAACAAGGGACACUUCAAGACGUUUGAGGUGGACCGUACUAACGAGCCGGCCGUCUACAACGAGUACAACGAUUCGAGAGUAAGAGCGAUACAGUGUUUCAGUCAAAUAUAUGCAAUCGUUGCAGGUCUCGCUGAACGCCAAGCUUCCAAAGGACACCACAGUCGUUCUCGCAAUGUUCCGCAAAGUGGAAGCUGUCGUCCGUGACUCCCACACUGACGUCAUCUUCGACGGCCGCGGCAACAUCAUCUACGCUCAUCCAAACAACUAUCGCCAGCGUUCAACGCAGUCUUCUUCCCGUUCCUCCCAGCAGAGAACCCUCGCUCCUCCAACUUCCCCUUUAUCGUAA